GGCUGCUCCCACUGCGCAGGCGUCCUCCAUCCUCCCAUCCCCCCGCGCCGCCGCCUCUCCUCCCUCCGCGGCGUCGGCGGCGCGAGCCACAGCGUGCGGGGCGAGCCAGCGAGAGGGCGGGAGCGGCGGCAGAGCCUGCAGUCUGCAGCCUUGGGCCGGCCGGCGAGCCAGUGCGCGUGCGCGGCGGCGGCUUCCGCGGCGACCAGGGAGCGGACGCAGGGCGAGCGAGCAGGCAGGCGAGCGGUGCGGGCGCGAGGCGAGGCCGAGCCACGAGCGACAUGGGGGACCGAGAGCAGCUGCUGCAGCGGGCGCGGCUGGCCGAGCAGGCGGAGCGCUACGACGACAUGGCCUCCGCCAUGAAGGCGGUGACAGAGCUCAAUGAACCUCUUUCCAAUGAAGAUCGAAAUCUCCUCUCUGUGGCCUACAAGAACGUGGUUGGUGCCAGGCGAUCUUCCUGGAGGGUCAUCAGCAGCAUUGAGCAGAAAACCAUGGCUGAUGGAAAUGAAAAGAAGUUGGAGAAAGUUAAAGCUUACCGGGAGAAGAUUGAGAAGGAGCUGGAAACAGUGUGCAAUGAUGUCCUGGCUCUGCUUGACAAGUUCCUCAUCAAGAACUGCAAUGAUUUCCAGUAUGAGAGCAAGGUAUUUUACCUGAAAAUGAAAGGUGAUUACUACCGCUACUUGGCAGAGGUAGCUUCCGGGGAGAAGAAAAACAGUGUGGUGGAAGCUUCUGAGGCUGCCUACAAAGAAGCAUUUGAAAUCAGCAAAGAGCACAUGCAGCCAACACACCCCAUCCGGCUGGGUCUGGCCCUCAACUUCUCCGUGUUCUACUAUGAGAUCCAGAAUGCACCCGAGCAGGCCUGCCUCUUAGCCAAACAAGCCUUCGAUGAUGCCAUAGCUGAGCUGGACACACUAAACGAGGAUUCCUAUAAGGACUCCACGCUUAUCAUGCAGUUGCUGCGAGACAACCUCACCCUCUGGACGAGCGACCAGCAGGAUGAAGAAGCAGGAGAAGGCAACUGAAGAGUCUUCGGGGCCCUGGGCCUUCCCUUCACCCACCACCCCCCAUCAUCACUUGAUUCUUCCUUGCCACAAUCACUAAAUAUCUAGUGCUAAACCUAUCUGUAUUGGCAGCACAGCUACUCAGAUCUGCUCUCCUGCCCCUUGGGAAGCAGUUUCAGAUAGAUCUUCAUGGGCAUUGCUGGAUUGAUGGUUGCUUUAAGCCCAUAGGGGCUCCCUUUUUCGAAUUGUGCAGACAGGGGCGUUCUGAAUGAGGCAUUCUACUAUGCCUAUUGAUCUAUGUGAAAUACAAGCAAAAGCAAUGGGGAAGUUUAGAAAGAAGAAUUAGCCAACGCAGGCUACGAUUGAUAUUUAAAUGAUCCAUUUAAAACAAGCCGAUAGUGUUUUGUUAAGCAGUAUACAUCUUGUGCAUGCAAAAAAUGAAUUCACCCCUCCCACCUCUUUCUUCAGCUAAUGGAAAACUGUUAAGGGAAGCUGAUUACAAAGAGACCACUCCUCCUUUCCAUCAGCUUUAUAAUAAACUGUUUAACGUGAAGUUUCAGUAGCGCCUUGUUUUGCCUCUUUAAAUUAUGUGCACAGACCUUCUUUUUCAAUGCAAUGCAUCUAAAGUUUUGAUACCUGUAACUUUUUUUUUUUUUUUUUUUUGGUUGCGAUUGUUUAAGAAUCAUGGAUUUAUUUUUUGUAACUCUUUGGCUAUUGUCCUUGUGUAUCCUGACAGCACCACGUGUGUCAGCCCACAUCAAUCAAGAUGGGUGAUAUGAAAUGCCAGACUUCUAAAUUAAAUGUUUUGGAAUUCAGUGGGUAAAUAAAUGCUGCUUUGGGGAUAUUA